AUGUGUCGAAUACUCUUGAUACUCGUUACGGUUGUCUCUAUCAUAUAUAUCAACAAUUCUACUCCACUAGAUGAUUAUGUUAACAAACCAGAUCCUGUCUUUGCUUGGAAACUUAUUAAAACGCACUACGAAUUGACUCAUACAACUUAUAUACUUAAUAUGACUUCACAACAAUGGUUCGAUGCUUCCUUCUCAUCCCGAUCAAUCUGGUGGCAUUAUAUGGUUAUUACGGUACCGAGAAUACACAGUCGACCAAAAACUGCUUACAUGCUUAUUGGUGGUGAAACUAAUCUCGAUCCAGUGCCAAAAAGAGACUCUUGGGGAGAAAAAAUCAGUGUGAAAACUGGUACUGUUGCUGUGGAAGUUAAACAAAUUCCUAGUCAACCAAUAACAUUUGUGGCCGAUCCAUCGCAGAAAUCUCGAUUUGAGGAUGAUAUUCUUGCAUGGACUUGGAAUACAUUUAUUCAAUCAAACGGUAGUGAUCCAUCUGUUCUUCUUCUACUACCUAUGACAAAAGCAUCAGUGCGUGCAAUGGAUGCAGCACAACAGUUUCUUCGUGAAAAAGAAAUUCCAGUACCAGAGAAGUUCGUCAUUACUGGUGGAUCGAAAUCUCUUGAUGGAUGGACAUUUGCUUUGUAUUCUUAUUAUGUGGAGAAUAUAACUAGGUCUUUGGAUAAUCCAUAUUAUCAAGUUGCGGCUGAUAUUUUUGAUCCUUACGCUUAUUUUGAUCGAUAUCAUAAUGUUACAUUGUGUCAAUUUCAAGGAGCUGAUGAUGAAUUCUUUUUAUCUGAUAGCGAGGACUAUUUUUGGAAUGAUCUUCAAAAAGCAACAGGUGGCUCUUAUCUCUACCGAAUUCCAAAUACUGAUCAUGGGGCUACAGGAGUUUUUGAUAGCCUUGAAAGUUUUUAUUUUAGUAUUUGUGAGCAACAAGUGCUUCCAUCAUGGACAUGGACACGUACAAUAAAUGGAACUCAUGGACAAAUUCGUGCUAAUGUUUCUGUUGGUGAUGGACAUCCAUCACCAAUAAAUGUUACUGUUUAUCAAGCUCAAACUGUUACAGGAACAAAACGAGAUUUUCGAGCAGCUAAACUGGAUCCAACCACUGGACAGAUUGUUGUUAAUCCUGUCAAAUGGGUGGAAAUGAAAGAAAAUAUGGAAAUUAUUGGUCAGUCAUCAAUUAUCUACACUUAUACUGCACCUAUGCCACCAGACGGUUACUGGUACGGGAUAUUUAUGCAAGCGACAUUUCCUGGACCUCAUGGCACAGCAUUGAAUUUGACAACAGAAACUCUAAUCAUACCAAAUACGUUUCCAGUUGGUCCUUGUUCAGGAGAACAAUGUUAUGGAAAUUUAGUCUAA